GCUCCACUCAGACAGCCAACCGUGUGAAAUCAGCGGAGCCACAAUGGAGAUGUUUUCUUCCAGUGACAGUCCGGUGCCUGGCAGGUGAUUACACAGUGAAGCUCCUCCUCUGGCUGCUACGUUGGAGACUAACCUGGAGAACUGCAUAUUAAGACAAGGAUAUAACCAAGAUCAAGAUGGAUACCUCAAAACUUGCUAAGAUCCAGGAUGAGGAUCGAGAGAGCGAGUUUGGAUUUGUUCAUGGGGUUUCUGGACCAGUGGUGACAGCGACAGCGAUGGCCGGAGCCGCCAUGUACGAGCUGGUCCGUGUAGGUCACAGUGAGCUGGUGGGAGAAAUCAUCCGUUUGGAGGGAGACAUGGCAACCAUCCAGGUCUACGAGGAGACUUCUGGCGUGUCUGUCGGUGACCCUGUCCUUCGGACGGGAAAGCCCCUCUCUGUAGAGCUGGGCCCAGGCAUCAUGGGCUCCAUCUUUGACGGUAUCCAACGUCCACUGAAAGACAUCAACGACCUGACUCAAAGUAUCUACAUCCCAAGAGGAGUAAACAUCGGUGCUCUUAACAGAGACCUCAAAUGGGAAUUUUCCCCCGGCCAGAGUCUUCGGGUUGGCAGUCACGUGACAGGCGGUGAUAUCUACGGCAUAGUGUAUGAGAACUCCUUGAUAAAACACAAGAUGAUGCUUCCACCUCGCAACAGAGGCACUGUCACCUACCUAGCCCCACAGGGAAACUACGACAUUUCUGAUGUGGUUCUUGAACUGGAAUUUGAAGGCAUAAAGGAGAAGUUCACCAUGAUGCAGGUGUGGCCUGUUCGACAAAUCCGCCCAGUCACAGAGAAGCUACCUGCUAAUCAUCCGCUGCUGACCGGGCAGAGGGUUCUGGACGCACUUUUCCCUUGUGUGCAGGGUGGAACCACUGCUAUCCCAGGAGCCUUUGGGUGUGGAAAGACGGUGAUCUCGCAGUCAUUGUCCAAGUACUCCAACAGUGACGUCAUUGUGUACGUUGGCUGCGGAGAGCGUGGAAAUGAGAUGUCUGAAGUGCUGCGCGAUUUCCCAGAGCUUACUAUGGAGGUCGAUGGCAAGACUGAGAGCAUCAUGAAGAGAACAGCACUGGUUGCUAAUACAUCCAACAUGCCUGUGGCCGCCAGAGAGGCCUCCAUUUACACAGGGAUCACACUGUCCGAAUACUUCAGAGAUAUGGGUUACCAUGUGAGCAUGAUGGCCGACUCCACGUCCCGAUGGGCCGAAGCUCUGAGAGAAAUCUCUGGAAGAUUAGCUGAAAUGCCUGCUGACAGCGGGUAUCCUGCUUACCUGGGCGCCAGACUCGCCUCCUUCUAUGAGCGCGCCGGACGUGUGAAGUGCCUGGGAAAUCCAGAGAGGGAAGGCAGCGUUAGCAUCGUAGGAGCUGUGUCCCCCCCUGGUGGAGAUUUCUCUGACCCUGUCACUUCAGCCACAUUGGGCAUUGUUCAGGUGUUCUGGGGAUUGGACAAGAAGCUGGCUCAGAGGAAACACUUCCCCUCUGUGAACUGGCUGAUUAGCUACAGCAAAUACACACGCGCUCUUGAUGAAUAUUACGACAAACAUUUCCCCGAGUUUGUUCCUCUCCGUACAAAAGCCAAGGAGAUCCUACAGGAGGAAGAAGACCUGGCUGAAAUCGUGCAGCUUGUGGGCAAGGCUUCUCUUGCUGAGACCGAUAAGAUCACUCUAGAAGUUGCAAAGCUCAUUAAGGACGACUUCCUGCAGCAGAACGGUUACACCCCGUACGACAGGUUCUGCCCCUUCUACAAAACUGUGGGCAUCCUCUCCAACAUGAUUGCUUUCUACGACAUGGCCCGGCACGCCGUGGAGACCACAGCUCAGAGCGAAAACAAAAUCACCUGGUCCAUGAUCCGGGAGCACAUGGGAGAGAUCCUGUACAAAAUCAGCUCCAUGAAGUUCAAGGACCCUGUGAAGGAUGGUGAACCUAAGAUCAAAGCGGAGUUCGCCCAGCUUUUGGAAGACAUGCAGAACGCCUUCAGGACCCUGGAGGAAUGAGUUUCCUACCUCUCAGUACAUCUCCCAAAGUGCAGUGAAACAUUGUUUGGCCCGUGUUCUUAACGUCUGCCUCAGUCAUGUGAACUAUUUAAUUCCUCUGUGUUUACAUCCCCUUGUACAUUCCUGCACACGUUUCCAUUUCAUUUAGUUGAUUUUGGACUCUUCUUUUCUCAUGAACACGAUACUGGAAAAUGCAA